GCGCGCCGCCUCGUCUCCCUCCACCCGGACGGCGGAGGACUUCCGCGCCGUCGCGUCGCGCCGCCCCUCCGAUCGGACCGCCGCCGUCCUUCCCUUCCUUUAUGAUGGGUUCUUCAUCUUGGUUUACUCCCCCACCAGCCUUUGGGUCAGUCAUGGCCUCUUCAUCAUCAUUGUUCUCCACGCCGACCUCUGGUGCAGCCAUGGGCUCUUCUCCAUCCCCGUUUGGUUCCACGCCGGUCUCUGGUGCAGCCAUGGGCUCUGCUCCAUCCCCGUCUGGUUCCACGCCGACCUCUGGUGCAUCCAUGGUCUCUGCUCCAUCCAAGUUUGGUUCCACGCCGACCUCUGGUGUGGCCAUGGGCUCUUCUCCAUCCCGGUUUGGUUCCACGCCAGUCUCUGGUGCAGCCAUGGGCUCUGUUCCAUCCCCGUUUGGUUCCACGCCAGUCUCUGGUGCAGCCAUGGGCUCUGUUCCAGCCCCGUUUGGUUCCACGCCGGUCUCUGGUGCAGCCAUGGGCUUUGCUCCAUCCCCGUUUGGUUCCACGCCGACCUCUGGUGCAGCCAUGGGCUCUUCUCCAUCCCCGUUUGGUUCCACGCCAGUCUCUGGUGCAGCCAUGGGCUCUGCUCCAUCCCCGUUUGGUUCCACGCCGGCAGCCACGGGCUUUUUUCCAUCCUCGUUUGGUUCCACGCCGGCCUCUGGUGCAGCCAUGGGCUCCUCUUCAUCUUGGUGUGGCCCGGCAUUUGGGCGAUCCCAUAAUGCUUUCGGGCAUCCCAUGCCCCAUCAGCCACCUUUUUCAUCCAACACACCAUUUAGCUCUACAACAGGCCAACAUUAUUCAUAUGUUCCUACCUUUGGGGUGCGAUCUGCGCCUUCAUUUGGGCCCUUUGGUCGAGUGUCUCAAAAAGGCAGCAGGGUUUCUGCUUAUACCAGGACUCCUGGUGAUGAUCCUGAACGUAGUAAUUACCUCGCAUCUAUUUCAGCAAUGCCGAUAUUCAAGGGAAAAUCUCACGAGGAGCUUCGAUAUGAAGAUUAUAAGAAAGGAGACAAAGGUGAUUUCAGCUUACAGGAGAGCAGAGUUCCUUGGGCUUAUCAUUCCUGGCAGCCCCAGCCCCCAGUGAAUGCCUUCAUAAAUCCUGUCAAGCCAUCCUCGUUUUCAUACCCUCCCGAGCCAUCCUCAGCACCUGUGGGACUGCAAUCCUCAGCAUAUGGUACCACCAACCCAUUUUGGCUGCGCCCUCCAGGACCCCAGUCACCAUUAGUCUCAUACCGUCCCGAGCCAAUCGACAAGCCAUCGCUGUUUUCAGCCUCCCCUUUUGCACCAUCUACUACAUGUUGGGAAAACGUAUCAAAUAACACAGCGGCAUAUACAGCUCCUGCAUAUACAUCUUCUGCUCAAGGCCAUAUGUUUAGCCAAAAUUUGUUCCCUUCAAAAUCUACUGAAUCUGGAGGAAGUUUACUCAGCUCUUCGGCCACCCAUUCAGCACCAGCUCCAUCACCAAACGGUCAUUCCACUACUAUAAAUAUUGGUCAAGCUGAGAAAACUGUGGAGUUGGUACUACCAAUUGACAUUACUACUGUAAGGAUUAGAUUUUCUCCAAGGAAUGAUGAUACUGGCAGUCAUGCCACACAGGUUCAUCAUAAUGUUAAAGCUUCAGCAGCACCAGUGUCUUUCUGUAUCUAUCCUGGAGAGAACCAAGAGCUAACUAUCCGAUCAGUGGAGCAGCAUGAUAAGUGUCAAACUGGGAAACCAGCUAGUGCAGCAGGAUCCGCCAGGGAACAGAAAGUGUACAUCAAUGAUGCUGUCGUGAGUAGGACAAAUCCAUUGGAUCCUGUGACAACUCCUUCAUCUGGUGCCUCUGUGAGUGAGAGUGUGCUACCUCGGCUCUACAAGGCAGACUAUUACACCUCGCCGUCGAUCGCAGAGCUUGCUGCGCGAGAAAGCAACGAGCCAGGUUGCUGCUCACAUGUGAAGGACUUCACUGUCGGCAGGCAUGGCUACGGCAGCAUCAAGUUUGAUGGCGAAACUGAUGUGAGGAAGCUGGACAUCGCAUCCAUCGUGGAGUUCAAGUACCGCGAGAUCCUGGUCUACACAGAUGAGAGCAAGAGGCCUCCCGUGGGGCAGGAGCUCAACAAGCCUGCAGAGAUCACGCUCCUGAAUGUGAAAUGCGUCGAUAAGAAGACCGGGUUGCCGUUGACGGAGGGGCCAGAAGUCGACAGGUACAAGGAGAUCCUGGCGCAAUGGACCGAGAAGAAUGGCGCUGAAUUCCUGGCGUUUGAUGCCGUGAAGGGGGUGUGGAAGUUCAGGAUCAAGCACUUUAGUGCCAGUAGCUAGGUUCUUGGCAGUAGCAAGGUUCCAGUUGGAAGACAGGGGGAUACUAUGGCUCUGUGGCUAUGUAAAAAAAACACUCUGUUCCUGCAUCUUGUAGUGAGUCUCUUUGUUAGUCGACUGGCAGGUACAAUUUUAGGUGGGGGGUUUUGAGCUAUCGGAUAACUGUGGCUGGAGCAUAUUUGCUUGUUGGUCGUUGAACGAUGAUGAUAUCCACAGGUUUCUGGAAAAA